UUAUUUAUUUCAGUCAUGUGGAGCUCUCUUGGAUAUCCGACUCUUCUGGUUGCUUUGAUUUUACCCAAAUGGCAGGUUCAUUGUAUAAAGAUGAAAGGCUAUGUAGAUCUCGAUACGCGUUUCAAGACGCAAUUAAAAGGCUACUCUGAGGAUCUUCAGGAUCACAUUAUUACCUUAAAUAGCUAUAUAGAAGAACGAAAAUCUGAGCUGGAAUAUGUGGGCAAAGAUCCUGAAGUGUAUCUGGGCAAUCCGCUCAAUAGCUUCUCUUUAUUGCACCACUUGCACUUUGAUUGGCAAGCGUGGAGAAAGCUAAUGGAAAAGCCCUUGGCCACAGAGUAUAUAUCCGAGAUUGUGGAGUUGUGGGACGAGAUUCCAACAAAAGAUGAAUAUACGAACUCCAUUAAAGGGGCGUUGGAUUUCCAUAAGAACGACCCACUGGGAAAUUUUGAGUUUAGUCCUUUGGAGUCGCUGCAAUUCGCUAUGCAUACAUUCGACAAGAAAAACUAUAAAGAUGCGGAAAACUGGCUAAAUCUGACUAUUAUUGGUUAUAAAAAACUAAGUCCCGAGGAAGAGGAACUUUAUGAAGUUCUAAGCCCUGUUAUAAUGGCUUAUGGGGUGACAAAUGGAACAGUAAUAAUCACAAAUAUAUAUAUCAGGUAUUUCAGCAAACAUCUUGAAAUUGCGGUCAUGAAGUCUGUAUCUACAUUUUCAGUUGGUCUAAUAAUAGUGUAUAUAAUUUAUUCAAACGCUAUCACUCGGCAUUCUUCCAAUUUGACAAAUCUUUUAAAGAUUCAAGAAAGUGUAGUGCGAUAUUUAGAUAACUAUAUCAACGCCUUGGAAACGAAGUUAGACACAAUCAAUGAAGCUCUGGUCGACUUGGCCACAUAUCAUAUUCAGUUCGAACGAGACAAGUUGGCUAUUGCAUCCAGUCCCGUGGGGAGUUACUCAUUAAUCCAUCAUAUGCAAUCGGACUGGACGCACUGGCAGCUCUUCCUACAGGAAGAUCCAGGAAAAGAUGAAUGGGCAUCUCUAAUAUCUAUGAAGAAGUACUUGCCUACCAAAAAUGAUAUCUCAGAAGUAUGCCAAUGCAUUUCCAACAUAUCAAACGCCUAUCAUGUGCAUCCGCAAGAUAUCGCAAACGGUGUAAUGUUAGGCAUUCAGACAAAGUACUUGAUGUCUCCACGCGAUUGUGUUGUCUUGGCGGAUCACUGUAUGGAUAUGAAAGACUAUGACAAGUCCAAGGAGUGGCUUCAAGUGGCUCUGUUCAUGUUGGAUAGUCCACGUUAUCAGGAUCCCAUACUACUACCUUCUCUGAACUUGAAAGCCGCUGACUUGUACUUGAAACUGGCAGAAGUCUAUGUGAAACAGCAAAAUUGGCUUCUGGCGCUUGAAACAAUUGAGUUUGCUCUGAAGUCGCAUCCUCACAAUGCACAGAUGCUCAGGAUGCAAAAGCACUUAAGCAUUCAUAUGCUGCUCGAUCCGACCAAAGGACCAGAAUUUAACAUUAAAAGUAAUCAAUAUAAACUUCGACAAAACAGAAGUCUUUACUGCUUCUAUGAUAUAAAGCUGAAAACUUUAUAUUCCCUGCUGGCGCCAGUAAAAGCAGAAGUCAUCUUUAUUGAUCCAUUACUUACAUUCUACCACGAAUAA